AUUAAUAAUAAUAUUGUUUCCUAUUACGCUGUUAAUAUGUUUUAGGGUGGUAAAACAAUAUAAAAGAGCUGUAAUAAUGCGAUUCGGAAGGAUUCGUAAAGACUCACCAGCUGGUCCUGGGAUAAUAUGGAUGAUCCCUUGCACAGAUGACAUCCAAAUGAUGGAUUUAAGAACUCAAUCUUUUAAUCUCCCGCCACAAGAAAUUCUAACAAAAGACUCUGUCACCGUAACAGUUGAUGCCGUCGUCUAUUUUCACAUACAAAAACCACUUCAUUGUUUAUUGAACAUUCAGAAUAAUCAAUAUGCAACAGAAUUAAUCACAGUUGCGACAUUAAGGAAUAUACUUGGUCAACACUCUCUGUAUAAUCUUCUAACACGUCGAGAGAGCAUCAGUUUUAAAUGCAGAACAGACAUUGACAAGACCACUUCCAGAUGGGGAGUUGUUAUUGAAAGAGUUGAAAUAAAAGACGUAUUUUUGCCUUUUGAACUCCAAAAGGCCAUGGCUGCUGAGGCUGAGGGUACACGUGUAGCUAAAGCUAAAAUAAUAGAAUCCGAAGGUGAAAUAAAAGCAGCAGAGAAUUUAAAGGAAGCUUCUCAAAUAAUGAUGGAGAAUCCACAUAUAAUGCUGCUCCGUUAUUUACAAACAUUGAACGCAAUUGCGUCAAAUAAUUCAGCAACAAUAUUUUUUCCUUUCCCAAUGGACCUUCCUUUAGUUACACCCGAAAGAUAA